UACAGGCUUUAAUAUGUGCAUGGAAUUCGUGCUUAUAGUGCAGUAUUAUAGGAAUGGACAGGACAUUGAGGUUAUAUGUAUGAUGGUGACCUAUUUAUGCUAUAUCUCUGUCGGCCAACUAAAGAUAAUCAACGCUUGGACACAGAAGUCCAAACUGAAUGGAUUGGUGAAUGAAAUGGAGGCAAUCUUUCCAGCUGGAAUCCGCGAGCAGCAGGACAAAUAUCAAGUUGACUACUAUUUCAAACGUGUCCGAUAUUUUAUGCGGUUAUUCAGUGACCUCCUUUUGAUGCUGUUUGUCGUGUAUAGCGUCUACAAUUUUGUUUAUUAUCAAGUACAGCGCUUUGUGCUCCACACUCCCAAUACCGAGAAGCCACUGCCGUAUUACUCAACAUGCCCGUGGGAUUGCCUCGACCACUGGAGCUACUAUCUGAUCUACACAUCGCAGAUAUGGUGUGGCAUCGUAACCGCAGCUGGGCACAUCGCGACUGACCUCUCCAUCUAUGGGUUUACCAUGCAGCUCGUCAUGCACUUUGAUUAUAUCUCAAAGACGCUGAUAGAGUAUCAGGUGCAAUCCGGUCGGGUGGAGAAUGGCCAUGCAAAGGAUAUACAACAGUUGAAGGGUUUGAUUAUUUAUCACCAUAACUUGUUUGGACUUUCGGAUGUUAUGAACUCUAUGUUUGAACUCCCGGUACUUUUAAAUUUUGCCACCUCCACUGUCUGGGUGUGCAUUGUGGCCUUUCAGAUGACCCUAGGAUUGAGUGCGGGUCAGACUUUAAAAUUGAUUGUAGCCAUGACGUCGGCCUUAACGGAGAUCUAUAUAAUUUGCUACUUCAGUGACUUGCUAAUUGUAUCGAGCGAAGGUGUGUGCUCAGCGGCUUACGAGAUUGAUUGGUCAUAUGCCGAUGUGCGAUUUAGUAAAAUGCUCAUCAUAAUUGCUCAACGCGCCCAGAAACCAGUUUGCAUAAAGGCCACUAAAUACUUAAAUAUCUCAAUGGAGACAAUGGCAAUGUUCUUGAAAAUAUCUUAUAGAUUAUUCUGCAUAAUACGCACCAUGUAUCAAUAGAGUAUUAAUACUUUUCGGUUGGAUUACAGCUUUUAAAGCAAUCUCAUAACAAAAAAACUUAAUCAAAUUCAAACUACAUUAAUG